AUGAAUGCGCUCAUCCUCGCAGCGGGAUACGGCACGAGACUACAGAGAGAUUUAGAGAAUGACUCCAGUGGAAAAUAUGAACAGCUCAAGGGAUUGCCGAAAGCACUGCUGCCCAUCGGCGGCCAGGCACUGAUAUCUCGCUGGGUCGAGCUCUUAUCGCCCCUUGAACGGCUGAAAAAAGUUGUUGUUCUAUCGAACGAUAAAUACUUUGGUCAAUUCGCCCAGUGGAAAGAGAAAAACAACUUUGCAAAAGUGGAAGUACUCAGUGAUGGAACAAAAUCAAACGAGAGUCGGCUAGGCGCGAUCGGUUCAAUCCAGUACGCCAUUCGCGCGGGCAAGCUUGAAGAGGAGCCCCUUCUCGUCAUUGGCGGAGACACUUUGUUGGAUGUCAACUUUGACAUGGUUGAAUUCCUAGAGAAGGCUGAGACGAAUUGCCAGUUGCGAGCAUAUGUGACAGCGUAUAAAAUUGGAGAGCUGGAGACAACGAAGUAUGGCAUCCUAGAGACAGAUUCGACAGGAAUCGUGACAGGAUUCAAAGAGAAACCGGCGCCCGAAGAAACAACCUCGCGAAUAGCCUGUCCUUGCUUCUAUUAUUUCAAAAGCGAUGUAUUUGUUUUGAUUUCCGACUUUCUCAGGGAGAAGCGCGACGCUGUUCUGGCAGAGCGCGAUGCAACCGGCCUACUGCUCCGAUAUUUAUACGAUAAGAUGGAGCAGUAUAAAUUUUACAAUCGAAUCGGAGAAGGUGCUCAUGGGGUGGUCUACUUGGGACAGGCGGUGCGGACAGGCGAGAAAGUGGCACUGAAGAAAAUUCCAAUUUCUGAGAAGAAACUCAAUGCCGGAUUACCCAAAGAGCUGAUCAGAGAGAUCCAAGCAAUGCGCCAAACGACCCGUCUCCCGGAGAUUGAUUACGACGAUGAUUAUCCAGAAGAAGAGAUCCGUGGCGCGCAGCACGUGUUAAAAUUACGCGAUGUUUUUGCGGCCGGAAGUGCCGUUGUUUUGGCUACUGAUCUGAUGGAAGGUGACUUGGGCGAUAUAAUCCGAAGUGCUGAACGAAUGCGGCCAGAGAUCGCGAAAACAUACGCCAGGCAAAUGCUGGAGGGCGUAGCGUAUAUUCAUUCAAAAAACAUUCUGCACAGAGAUUUGAAACCGUCAAACAUGUUGAUCGACAACAAGGGACAGCUGAAAAUUGGCGACUUUGGACAAGCUCGAAUUUACGAAAAAGAGUGUCCAAUGUCCCACAAAGUGGCAACCCGAUGGUAUCGCGCGCCUGAGCUGCUGUACGGCGCACAUCGCUACGACUUUGGGGUCGAUUUAUGGGCCGUCGGGUGCAUAAUUGGCGAGCUCUUUCUCUUCUCGCCGCUCUUCCCCGGUCAGUCCGACAUCGAGCAGCUCUACAUUGUUGUGCAAACGUUGGGGACGCCAACUGACGAGACCUGGCCCGGGCGAAAGUCGCUGCCCGACUACGCCAAGAUUGUUUUUCACGAAACGAAAGGAAAAGAUAUCGGCGAGAUACUCGCCAAAGCGCCAGAUUACACAGCUGACCUGGUCAAGUCGUUUCUGGUUUAUGAUUCAACCCAGAGAUUACCCGCCGCCGAAAGCCUCCGCCAUCACUUUUUCAAAGCUUCCCCACUGCCCGCUCGUAAAGAAGAGCUCUCGCCGCCUAAACAGGACCCGCGGAAAUUUGACGACUUCUCUUCCAACGAAUCGUCGAUUAGCAACAGUUUAUCGGAAUUUAUGAAUUGCAACAGCUGA